AUGAGUAGCAUGCUCAAUGUUGAGGAACCGUUAACCGCCGUCCUCACUUGGAGGUUCCUCAUCAACCUGCAACAGGUCAAGCGGAGGCUGGCAGGUUCCUCUCGCUCAUUGUCACAGGUGUCGGAGCUCGCCUUCCAGUCCCAUGCAUCUGAUAACCCGGAGGGAUUCAUCGCGUCAAUGGGCGCUCAUAUCUCGUUUCAGGAGGAUGAUGUCGAGGACAAUGAGGAGGAUCAGUCUUAG